AUCCCCACUGUCCCUCCCUGCCUCCCACCCAUCAUCUGCACUGUCCUCUCCGGUCUGCCUGGGCCGCAGCCCAGUGCCCUGCCUGGCCAGCCUCCCUGGCUCCCCCUCUGCAGUGCUGAGCCGGCUCCACCCCCACCCCCCUCUGUCCAGGCCCUGAUCCGCUGUAGCUCAGAGGUUGAGUGCCCCAGCUCAGGCCCCAGGGCCGAGGACAGACCUGAACACAUUAGCAGCCACAGAGGCCCUCUCCAGCCUGGGCCGAGCAACCCCCAGUGCAGGGCAUGGGGGUGGGCGGCCCCCCCAGGUUUGGGGCGCCCGCCCCCCGCUAGGCCAAGUAGAGGGGGGUCUCCCCGCCCAAUGGGCCUGGCCAGGGCCCUGCGCCGCCUGAGCGGCGCGCUGGAGUCAGGAAACGGUCGGGCUGGCGAUGAGGAGGAGGCAGGGGCCGGGCUGUGCCGCAAUGGGUGGGCGCCGGGGCCGGUGGCUGGGAGCCGGCGCCGCGGGCGCUUCGUCAAGAAAGACGGGCACUGCAAUGUGCGCUUCGUGAACCUGGGCGGCCAGGGCGCCCGCUACCUGAGUGACCUGUUCACCACGUGUGUGGACGUGCGCUGGCGCUGGAUGUGCCUGCUCUUCUCCUGUUCCUUCCUCGCCUCCUGGCUGCUCUUCGGCCUCACCUUCUGGCUCAUCGCUUCACUGCACGGCGACCUGGCCGCGCCGCCGCCCCCGGCGCCCUGUUUCUCCCAGGUGGCCAGCUUCCUGGCUGCCUUCCUCUUCGCGCUGGAGACGCAGACGUCCAUAGGCUACGGGGUCCGCAGCGUCACCGAGGAGUGUCCGGCCGCUGUGGCCGCCGUGGUGCUGCAGUGCAUCGCAGGCUGUGUGCUCGACGCCUUCGUCGUGGGGGCGGUCAUGGCCAAGAUGGCCAAGCCCAAGAAACGCAACGAGACACUGGUCUUCAGCGAAAACGCAGUGGUGGCUCUGCGAGACCGCCGGCUCUGCCUCAUGUGGCGGGUGGGCAACCUGCGCCGCAGCCACCUGGUGGAGGCUCACGUGCGGGCCCAGCUGCUGCAGCCCCGUGUGACCCCAGAGGGUGAGUACAUUCCACUGGACCACCAGGAUGUGGACGUUGGCUUUGACGGAGGCACCGACCGCAUCUUCCUCGUAUCUCCCAUUACCAUUGUGCACGAGAUUGACUCGGCCAGUCCACUGUAUGAGCUGGGACGGGCAGAGCUGGCCCGGGCUGACUUUGAGCUGGUGGUCAUUCUUGAAGGUAUGGUUGAGGCCACCGCCAUGACAACACAGUGCCGCUCAUCUUACCUCCCAGGUGAGCUGCUCUGGGGCCACCGCUUUGAGCCAGUCCUCUUCCAGCGCGGCUCCCAGUAUGAGGUUGACUAUCGCCACUUCCACCGAACAUACGAGGUCCCAGGGACACCAGUCUGCAGUGCCAAGGAGCUGGAUGAACGGGCAGAGCAGGCUUCCCACAGCCCUAAGUCAAGUUUUCCUGGCUCCCUCACUGCAUUUUGUUACGAGAAUGAACUUGCUCUGAGCUGCUGCCAGGAAGAAGAGGAAGAUGAGGACGCUAAAGAGGGGACUUCAGCAGAGACCCCAGAUAGAGCUGCCAGCCCCCAAGCUCUUACACCAACCCUGGCACUGACCCUGCCUCCAUGACAGCUGAGGUCCACUUCCCCAUGUGACUCCCCUUCCCAAAAAUGACAGGGAUGGAGAGCUUCCAGCCUCUGUUGGGAGCGGAGCAGGGGUUUCCAAGGACCAGUGGCCUGCUGGAACAACCAUUAACCAUGAGGUUGUCUACCACAGAUAACACCAGACCUUCAUUUCUCUGCUCCAUUCUCCCUCUCAAGACCCCUUUAUGAGCUGGAUUCCUGAGUCUUACCAGAGCUGAGGGAGCCAGGUUUCUGGGUCAUCCAAGAGGCAAGGCAUGAAGCCUGGAUUCUGGUUAGAUAUGCAGCUUCAGGGGAGAAGAUGUCAAUGUACACAGAUUAAGAAACAAAGAUUCAAGUGACGAUGGCUUUGAUACCCUCAGGAGGAAGGGGGUAGAGAACUCCAAGGAGCAUCAUGAUUGACCGAAGACAGAAUGGUGACUGGACUGUAGAUGGAGAAAGGACCUGGUGGUUCCAGAAAGGCCAUGAGUUGAGAUUCUCUGAGUCUAGGUUGACAGUGGGGAUUCUAGAACAGGUUGGCUAGAGAGUGGAACUGCUCCAGAAACUAUAAAGCUGUGUUUCUAGAAAACACACAACAUUGGUAGGUGUGAGUUUGGAAGGACUAAGCUGACAUGAGCUUCCUGAUGCUGGAGAACUCGGGAGUACUGCCUGUUUAGGGUCCAGCUAAGGGGGUGAGUGGCUUCUCCGUGAUCCACAGGGUAAAUUUUGUUUUUGUUUGAAGUGCCAUUCUUAGAACAUCCAAAGGAAUCAGGAUUCUAUGGUUCAAGGUUGAUCAGAGUCCAGGUAGGAGUCUAGAUGUCUAUGGUUUGCUGACUCCACUUCGCUUAGCAGGGUUGUGGAUCUCCAUGACCUUGGGUGACUUCCUGUGGUUCUGUAAUGCCAAAAGGAAUCAAAGCUCCACAGACCCAGAGCUGUCCUUUCCCAAAGCCUAGAUGUCCUCGUCACCUUCAGGUGGACAGCCUGGUAGUUACAGGAGGCAGACACUCUUCUGGGCGGAGCUUGUAAGCAAGAGCCUAGAGGAUCACAGGGCUAACUAGGGGAUAAGGGAAGGGAGAGGCUGAGGCUGGUGAGCCUAAAAUACUCUGGAAUACUACACCUAGUGAUGUAUGUCUACUUCUCAAAGAUACUAUAUAUGUGUGUAUUAUGUCUGAUAUAAAUACAGAUCUCUAUCUUU